AUGGGCAGGGGUUGCGGCAAAUUUACCUUCCUAUCCGGGAUAUCCGUUGGUUCCGCAGUUGGGACAUUUGACUUCAUUCUAAGGGCUAAUGCAAAGAAUGCAGUUGCUAUGUCGAUUAUGGCUGGUUUAUUUGCGGGAUCAUUAGCAAAGAAUGUGUCCAUGAGUGUUUCUGACAAAGUACCAUAUUGGGAAUAUAAGAGGGAUCUGGAUGAAAGGCUGCGGAGUAAGUUAGUGGACGAGAAAACAGAGAUGCACGGAUCUUGA